UUGUUAUUUAUUAGUGGAAAUGUGUACGGUUCAUUAAAUAAUCACUAAUCUGUUUGUUUAGUCAAACUAUUUCACAGUGACUAUAUAGAAGCUGUUAACUGAAAGCUUUAAAAAUGGAUGAAAACAGAAGUGUUGAGGAUACGCCUGCUUCUCAAAGGCUUACAAAUGAAGACUUCAGGAAACUCUUAAUGACUCCGCGGGCUACUCCGGCGGGCGGAGGCCAUCCGGCCGGCUCUGUACGAGAAGCUAUGGCCAAUGCUGGUUCUAUGCCCCCACCAACAGAGAACAAAAGUGAGCUUCGUCGUAAAAAGAAAUCUUAUUAUGCUGCAUUAAAGAAGCAAGAGGACAACAAACUUGCAGAACUUGCUGAGAAAUACAGAGACAGAGCACGAGAGAGAAGAGAUGGGGUCAACGAUUUGACAUCAGCAGACCCCACAAGUAACACCAGCAGUGCUUACAGGGCAGUGGCUCCAGAUUUAAAGUCUGGAAUAGAUGCUAAAGAAAGAAGGCGUCAAAUGAUUCAGGAAUCCAAAUACCUUGGUGGUGACAUGGAACAUACUCACUUGGUGAAAGGUCUCGAUUAUGCUUUGUUGCAAAAGGUUCGCUCGGAGAUACAAACGCGUGAACUAGAGCAGGAGGCGGAGAUGGAGAGACUAGUUUCAGCUCCUGUCGAGGAACCAGUCCCUGAGAAGAAAGAAGCGCCGCCUGUGGAAGAAGAAAUACAGUUCAAAACGCCAAUGGCGAGAAACGUUCACAAUUUGAUCAAUGAUCUAAAGUCCAAGAAAGUGUUGCGCAACGAACUGUUCGCGCCAGGCCGCAUGGCUUACGUGGUGGAGUUGGACGACGAGGGCACCAUAGACAGCGACAUACCCACCACGCUGACGCGCAGCAAGGCGGACGUGCCCGAGGCGGACGAGCGCAGCUCCGCGUCCACCGCCAACGACGUGGUGCUGGACAAGCUGGCGCAGAUAUUCUCCUACCUGAGGCACGGCAGACACCGCAAGCUGAAGAAAGCCAAGGACAAAGCAGCGGAGAAAAGUCGCAACGACGACUCCAUAUACGGCGACAUCGGAGACUACGUCGCGGGCGACAGACGCGGCGACCGGCGCGACGACCGCCCGAGGACCGGCUACUUCGACAAACCGCUCGAAACUGAGAAGGAAGAAGGACCCGGUCCUCUGCCCCGUCGGCAGGUCCCGGCUAACCCCGAGGAGCGCGACAAGCGGUCGGCGGCUCUUCUGUCGCGGCUGGCGGCGGAGCCCGAGGGCUACGCCGAGUGCUACCCCGGCCUGCGCGAGAUGGACGACGCCAUCGACGACUCGGACGACGAAGUCGACUACACCAAGAUGGACGCCGGCAACAAGAAAGGCCCUAUAGGUCGGUGGGACUUCGACACUCCGGAGGAGUAUUCGGCCUACAUGAGCAGCAAGGAGGCGCUGCCGAAGGCCGCGUUCCAGUACGGAGUCAAGACUCAGGACGGACGCAAGACUAGGAAGACCAAGGACAAGAGCGAAAAGGCGGAACUCGACAGGGAAUGGCAACAGAUUCAAAACAUAAUCCAAAAACGCAAGGCUCCGCAGUACGGUGGCGACGAAAGUAAUAUCAAAACUCCUCGAUAUUAGCAGGAAACUAACAAAAUACGUGUUAUUAUUGUUAAUGUAUGUUUCUACAUGAAACUAUAGUUGUAUAUUACGUAAUAA